AUGAAAAGCAUUUAUUAUAUGGUGGGACUACUUUUUAUGUUAUUACAAGGAAGUUUCCAAAGUCCUAUCCAGGAAACAGAAGACAAGUCCAGAUCAGUCAAAGCUGCAAGGACUGAAGCACUAGAUGAUUCAGAUCACCACAAUGAAGUUAAACGUCAUUCACAAGGCACAUUUACUAGUGAUUACAGCAAGUACCUAGACUCCAGGCGGGCUCAAGACUUUGUCCAGUGGUUAAUGAACUCAAAAAGAAGCGGAGGAAUAUCAAAGCGCAAUGUACAAUUUGAGAGGCACGCAGAAGGCACAUAUACCAAUGACGUUACCCAGUUCUUGGAAGAAAAAGCAGCCAAAGAAUUUAUUGACUGGUUGAUAAAAGGAAAACCAAAGAAACAUUUCCCAGAUAUUUCAGCAGAAGACUUGGACAGAAGGCACGCUGAUGGCCGUUUUACUAGUGACUUCAACAAAGCUCUCGAUAUAAAGGCCGCUCAAGAGUUUUUGGACUGGAUCAUUAACACCCCAGUUAAAGAAAGGUAA